AUGUUGAAAAAUUCGAUUCUGUUCUGCCUUUGGCAGGCAGCAAAUUUCUAUUACUGCGUUGAUGCCGUCAACGUGCCUCGAAAAGAAGGACCAGCUCAGGCUUUCGCGUCUUCUGCCGACGGGAAAUUGAAGUUUACAAAGAUAGAUGCACCGGUGCUGGGUCCCGGAAACCCAGGCUCCGGAGCGACAUGGAAUCUCACCAUGGACGACAGUACGACCGGUGCCAAGCAGACAGUCACGGGCUUUGGUGGCUCCGUUACUGAUGCCACUGUCGUUGCUUACAAUAUGCUACCCGCCGACAAGAAAGCCGAGCUACUCCGAAAGUUGAUGACAGGAGAUGGCGCCAACUUUAGCCUCAUCCGGCAUUCGAUAGGAUCUUCCGAUCUCUCGCCAGCCCCUGAAUACACCUAUGAUGACAACAACGGCCAAGAGGAUGUCGAGCUGCGAAGCUUUCAGCUGGGGAAAAGUGGAACAGACAUGGUAUCCAUGCUCAAGGAGAUGAAGGCUUUGCAGCCAUCCAUGAUCCUUGUCGGAACUUCGUGGGCACCGCCGGCAUGGAUGCAGCUAGAUCGCAAACUGGUCGGGACGACCGACAAGAACAACCUUGACCACAAAUACGAGGCUCAGUUUGGUCAACUCUUUGUCAAAUACUUGCAGGCAUACAAAAGGGGCGGCGUGGAUGUCGAUGCCAUUACAAUCCAAAACGAACCCCUCAACAGCAAUGCCGGCAUGCCCAGUCUUUAUGUCUUUCCCGAGGAAUCUGGGAAGCUGAUCAAGGACCACGUCGGACCCGCAAUCAGCAAGGCCAGGUUCAGCACUCAGGUGUGGGCAUAUGACCACAACACCGACAGGCCAGACUACCCCCAGACGGUACUCGACAUUGCCCGCGAGUUUGUCCCUGCUGUUGCCUGGCACUGCUAUGCGCCUGGCGAGAACUGGUCUGCGCUUACAACCUUUCACAAGCGUAACCCGUCAGUCAAGCAAUUCCAGACCGAGUGUUGGACGUCUGCAAAGCAAACAAAAUGGAACCAGGCCUCUUGGUUCACCAUGGGCCCGCUGCAGAACUGGGCAUCGGGCUCGAUGGCAUGGACGCUCGGCACCGACAACCAGGACGGCCCCCACUUGCCCUAUGAAGGGUCGUGCGCAACCUGCACGGGUUUGUUCACGGUAGACGCGAACUCGAAAACCUACACCCUCAGGACGGACUACUACAUGAUUGGGCAAUACAGCAGGUACAUCCCAAGGAAUGCCGUGGUGCACGUCGUUACGGGCAGCUACAGCUGGCCCGACGACACCGGGGUGGAGAGUGUGGCGACGGUCAACCCGGACGGCUCUCGAACGGUGGUGAUCGAGAACAAGCUAGAGGAUGACGUUCAUGUCACGCUCCACACCGUGAAGAGCAGUCAGGUCUGGAGUGGAAAGGUUUCAGCGAAAAGUGUUACUACCUGGCUCCUGCCCCCGGCCUAG